UUUUGUUUAUGUUAAUCAGUCAUUUUCUUAAGAUUUUAGCACCUGUUAUAAAUACAUUUAAGUGUCUACCAACAUAUAGACCUACAUAACCUUAUUUUGUAGUUAAAAUGUUGUUUGGUUGCUUGCAAUCGUUGAGAUGUGAAGCUAUCGAUCGAAAUCGACCAUUCAGCAUACUGACACUAGAACUCUUCUUAUUCAAUGACAGCCAGUAGGCCCAGUCAACAGGAAUACCAAAUGUGAUUUUGUUAUCAGCCAAAUAAUAUUGUAUUUAUGUUAACCUAUUUGUCAUUAGAUGUAGCCAUUUAGAUUAUGAUAAACAAUCUGAAUGACUGUAAACAAAAAGAUGGACACACAAUUCAGACUACCAUGAUCAAAUACACUUUGCAUUGAUAUCUAUACAGAUCUAUAGCAACGUUCUUUAACAUAGCUGUCAAUAGUGUGUUUCCAAUGGAUACAGUAUAUUGAGCAUGGGGUCAUUGGUUUUCUGUUGCCAUAUAUCCUUGCUUGGUAUGUAGUAAGGGUGUGCGGUAUUACCGGUACACCGGUAUAUUGUGGUGCAAAUCUUCAGCAAUACGUAUUGCGAUACGUUUGUAAAUGUAGCAAAAUAUUGUGGCAAAUAUAAAUAAGUAUCGAUAUGGAGAUGAAAAAUAGAAUCUUUCUGAUACAACUUGCCUCUGACUAUCUUUUUAUCAAUUAGCGUGUACACAUCGCGACUAUCCAGCUCCUCACAGCGAUAGCCCAUCUGCGGAGCACUCUAUACCGAGUGUGUAAUGAAGAUGUCAUGUGCUGGGAAGGACCUUGAUGGUAUCUGUCAUUAAUACAGGAUGUUGGAUGGAAGAAAAAAUGUGAAAAUGAUUAUAGCAAACUGACCUGGUUUGUUACCUGCCUUUUCAUUAUUAACAGUUGAAUAAUUGAAAUGAAACCAUUUGGAGCAAGUCUUAUCUUCAUCAGUUUCUUUUACUCAUGUGCGUCAUACCCUGGCGAGGAAAAACAUGACAUUGGCACUCUUGCAGGAGAUAUCCAGAACUGGGCCAUGCUCAUCCAGAAUUACAUAUUGCAGCUGGCUGGGGACGGCAUCAAGAGAGAUGUAACACAGGGCUACCUGGACCAGGCUAAUUACACAUUUGAGAAGAAAAACGGCGAAACGAUUGUCAAAGUAGUUAAAGAAACCCUUGGAGACUACUUCCGGAAAAAGAAGAAGGCUGCUGAAAGGCUAGCGAAGACAGUUCGUAAGUUAUAUGAUGACUAUUUGGCUGAAAACAGAACAUCCAAUGUGACACGAUUGAAGGAUCUGAGAGCAGACGAAUAUCGAGACUCGGACAUUCCUUUCUUACUGCCUAAAGAUCUCAGGUUUAACCCAUAUUUUCGACAAGGAGUCAGUACCAACUGUUCAACAAUAAAAAUAGCAGAUGAGGUACCUCGAGAUGACCCCACUGUCAUCAAUACGAUCCUCUUCACAGCUGGAUUAGAAAAAGUGUUCCAUGAGAAUGCUGACAGAGACCCCCUACUCAGGUGGCAAUACUUUGGCUCCACGACUGGAGUAACUCGUCUGUUCCCUGGCCGAGAAUGGUCCACCAAUUUUGCUGGCUUCUACAACGACUACGACCCGCGUGUACGUCCCUGGUACAUUGCUGCUACUAGUGGUCCCAAGGAUGUGGUUAUUGUUCUGGAUUGUAGUAAGUCAAUGGCUGGUGAGAAGUUCUCUAUUGCAAAGGGUGUGGCCAAGGCUGUGAUCAACACACUGACCAAACAGGAUUAUGUUAAUGUCAUCUGUGCCAGAGCCAGCCACUGGGAUGAGGUGGGGAAGUGGCACUACUUCACGACGGAGGUGCUGAGUUGUCAAACAGAACAGAUGGUGCAAGCAACCAUUGCCCAUAGGAAGGACCUCAUAGAGAAGAUAGAGAAGUUAAAGGCUGGAGGGACCAGUGAACUGGGGAAGAGCUUUGCGAAGUCAUUUGAGCUUCUCAACAGUAGUCCACAGACUGGAUGUCAGGCUCUCAUUGUUUUUGCCACGGAUGGGAAGGACACAGAUGGAGAGCAGGUCCGUUGUGGACCAGGGUACUACACAAGGAGCGGCUAUGUUCCUGGACCCAUCUGCAAGUACAACUGGACCAAAGUAUGGGAUGUUAGCGACAUGCAGAACAAGAAACUUGAUCCACAGGCUCGUAUCUUCAGCUAUCUGAUUCGAGACGAUGCUGAGGAGUUUCCAGGGAAACUGGCAUGUUCCCACAGAGGAAGCUUCAAGAAGCUGAUGACUGGGGAGAACCUCAUCUCCCAGAUGGGCAACUACUUUGAGUUCCUGUCUGGCAAUGCCAAGAGCAGCAAGGCACUGUGGACGUCCCCCUACCUUGAUGCCUGGGGCCUGGGUCUCAUGAUCACACACACCAUCCCAGUACUCAGUCGCAUCACCGGCAAGUACAUAGGAGUUGUUGGUAUUGAUGCCACCCUGGACGAGAUACAAAACUUCCUCACCAAGCACCAGUGGGGCAACGUCUACUCCUUCCUCAUUAACAACCAGGGGGAGACAAUCUACCAUCCCAGGCUUACACCUAGCAAGAAGCUGCUUGAUGAUCCCAUCUUCAUCCCGAUCUCCCAUAUGGAGAUUGACCAGUAUGGCAACCCUCCUGAGUUCUCCACCAUAGAGAGGGAGAUGAAAGCUGGGAACACUGGCAAGAUUAGGGUGAAGGGAUCCGAAGACAAUACCAAGACUUUCUUCUAUGGUGCUCUUGAAGAAUCAGAAUACUCCUUUGCCUAUUGCCUCACUGACAUGGAUCUUGAAUUCCGUCGCUCUCAAGAGCCUGUGGACAGAUCGAAGUACGUGGAGAGCUACUUCAACCUGCUGAAGGAGUACACAAGUGACCUGCUUCGGGAACAGCUUCCAGGGACGUUCCACCAGCUUGACGUGAGGGAGAAGGAAAAGCGCUACCCCGGGCUGAGGAUCUCUUACAAGUACUCCACAAUCUUUCUGGCCCCCAAGACCUGGUGUGACCCCACCACCUACAUGUAUGAUGACAACCUGGACAAGAAGACCCUGGACGCUCAUCUGUGGAUCAACAGUUAUCAGAAGGAUGAAGGGUGUGACUCUGGCAACCAGAAGUUCCACAAGGGCGUUCGAGCCGAUGUUUUGCUGACUCAGCCUAUUGAGAGAAUCUGGGCCACUCGAGACUUUGAGUCCAUCAAUCAAAUCAAGUGGACAAAUGUUGGCUUACGGAGUGGCGUGUUUAGGACUUACCCAGGUCACAGGUCAACCAGAGGUUACGACCCCACCAAACGCCCAUGGUACAAGAGAACAAGCUCUGCCCCGCACAAGACGUCUAUCUCAACGCCUUACAUGGACGCUGCAGGUGUAGGCAAGAUUAACACUAUAUCACAAGCUGUGUUUGAAGGAAUGACACCUAAGACAGAUGAAGAAUGUGCCAAGUAUGAGAAGGGAUCUCUCCUUGGGGGAUGCAAGUGUAACCUGGACAGUGAUUGUCUUAUAAAGGUUUGUUAUCUGAGCAUGGCGCCAGGUCCGAACUCAGACCAGCGCCGAUGUGCCACAGAGCGAGUGGAAGCUGUGACUGGGCUGGACAUUCUAUACGAUGACUUCCAGAAGAAGACCAUGGAGAGCAUGCAGGCCAGUGACUUCCGCAAGUCCUGUGGCCAGACCUACUUCUGCCCUGAUGGAGAGCCAGACUGUGAGACCAGGUGCUACCUGUUCGACAACCAGGCCUACCUGGUGAUGGACCCUGACUUCCUGUUGGCUGGCAACCUGGACAAGAGCAAGUAUGCUGGAGUCACACUUGGCAAGAAAGAAGGCGAAGUCAUGAAACAUCUCGUCUACAAACAUGGCUUCUUUAAACGAACUGAGUCAAUUAAUUUUCAGGGCACCUGUCGUAUAACUCCUGCAGAAGCUAAGGUGAGCCUGCUGGGCAUCCCCAAGAAGCCUGAGGAGCUGGACGACUAUUUCAGGAACAGAGGCCCCAUCCCCAAGUUCCACAGUGAAUUUGGCUGUAUCCAGGAUGUGGUCAGCUACAAAGCCAAUGACUCUGCCCUUGGUCCUAGUGGUAUGGUGACUGGCAAUGUAUCAGGGCCGUGCAUGUCAGGGUUCUACUAUGUGACUGCCCUGCCUCUCACAAACCUCUACCUGCUUGUGAUAGAGAACUGGAAGCAGUACAGGGAGAGCCUGUUCUACAAUUUCAACUGCAAGAUUACAAGAACCAUUGUUAACUCUGGAGCCUAUCGUAUCGUGAACGGCACAUGUGCCCAUGAAGAGACGACCCACAGUACCCUGGCAGAGGAGGACAAGUGCCCCGCCCUCCGUGACCUGCCCCUCAAAUGCCAGUACACCACAGCUUCCAGUCUAACAGCAUCGCUAUUCCUCAUUCUUGGUGCUCUUGUGCUCUCCCUACAAGCCUUUAACUGGUAGUACAGCACUCCGUCAAGGUGAUUCCAAUAUUAGGAACUGUCACAUUUUCAGUUACCGUGUAACAUGGUGCAACAGGCAUGAAUGUAAGUGAGUCUCUGUUUUCGAGGAACAGUGAUCUCUUGUAAGUCACUAGUCCCUGCAAUGAUGUAAAUACGGUAUGCAUUUCUGAAAUUGUGUCAUUUCACUAGUCAUAGUGAUACUUUAUCAUUAAAUAUCGAGCAGUGAUGCUUACCAGUGUUUCUAAAGUAGAAGUAAAUGAAAGGGUAAUCCCAUAAUAAGCAUCAUGUUAAUUUGAAAAUAGCCUUGGAGAACUAAUUUCAUCAUGAUCCUAAACUCUGUUAUGUACUGUGAGAAUAAUAGUGUAGAAUACUCAGCCAAUAAUGUGAUAAGGCCACUCUGUAUGAUACUCUCGAUGUCCUACUUGUAUUACUUAGUAUGAUCUCUAAUGUUUGAAAGUCACUGGAUUUAUGUUAUCCUGGUGUCUGUAAUUGCUGUGACUGUUCAGCUUCAGAGACAUGUAUGACAAGGAUUUAUGUAGAAAUUAUGCUCUUGCAUUGAGCUCAGUAUCCAGUUGUACUUCUGACUUUUUGUAAAUAUUUCACAUUUUACAAAAUAUGUGCAAUAUUCAGUCCAAUAUCAUUGCAUGUUAGCAGUUGUUUUGAUUAUUCAUUCCACUGAUUAGUCAAGUAGGAGCUGUUAGUUACAGCAAGAAAUGUAUAUACAUAUCAGGUAGGCAAAGCUGAUUAAAAGUCUGGACACAGCCAAGUUAGCUACAGUUGAUCAGGUGGGUGUUUCAUAUACUCCCAGUCAUGAUAUGGCUGAAAUAUUGCCAAUGUGAUGUUAAAUUUUGACUCACUCGCUCACUUAUAUACUCAGGUAGGCAAAGCUGAUGAAAGUUGGGUAAAUUUCAUGACACGCUAUUAAUGCUUUAACUCUUGUCCAGAUCAGUAUGUGUCUAAUUUAGUGUGGUAAUAUGGUUUGAAACCUAAUAUUAAUCUAUAUAUUGUGCAGUCCGACUACGAGUUGAUUUCCAUUACUUAGACACUGUCAGAACCAUUAGUCAAUGUAUGAUGGUGACAUUGCAUCAUUUCAGCAUAAGAUGUAUAGUUAUGUGAACUUUGGCAUUGUAAUUCUGUCAUGUGAACUCCAUACAGCACACUUCAAGGUUAAAGGGGGACGAGGCUCUCACAAAUACUCAUUACUUGCUAGUUUUGGGGGCAUGGGUGGCUCAGUUGUCUAAUAUAAGGCGCCGGCAAUUCGCUGUGCAGAGUUGCGUCCUUUGGACACGCCAGAAACCUUUGAUCGUGAAUUUGAAUCCUAGUUUGCCCUGAUAAUGUUUCUAGGUUUGUCAGCACCAUACCCGUGCUUGUAGGUUUCACCAAAUUUGUAAACGUCUAAGACCUGCAUCACUUCGGAUUUUUCUCCUACAUCAAGCUGACAUGCCAUUAAAUAACUGGAAUACUGUUCAAAGCGGUGUAAAACCUAACUCACUCUCUUACUCUUGCAAGACUCCUGAUUGUGAUUCUUGGUUUGUCAUCCUCGUACUGGAGCUCUUGUGUUUCACCCAAGUGGUAAGUGUCUAAGACCUGCAUAUGACACGAUCCUUCCAUAAAGUGGUAUGCUUGUCGUAAGAGGCGACUAACAGGAUUGGAUGGUCAGGCUCGCUGACUUGGUUGAUGCAUGUCAUCGGUCCCGAUUGCGUGGAUCAACGCUCAUGAUGUCAAUCACUGGCUUGUCUGGUCCAGACUCGAUUAAUGACAGACUGCCAUUAUAUAGCUGGAAUAUUGUUGAGUGGGGCGUUUAACAACAAACAAAUCUACCGUGUCUACUGUUGUAUCUAAUUCUGUCUACUGUUGAAUGUAGUUGUCUAGUGAUGUGCGGCGUUAAACAACAAACAAACAAACAAACAAAAAACAAAGUGGUGUUUUCCCUCACUCACUUGAUGUUUUAUUUCAAUCAAGCUGUUACUACAAGACAAAUUACAGAGACAAGUUUUCCAACUGCGCCACACACUAACGCGACUCAUGGCACGAAGCAAGCAGCCACAGGCCUUGUCUGUCUUUAAUAUUCAUCACUUUCCAUGUACAUAGAUGAUAGAUAGUUACUGUGGUGACCAUUCCCGAGAGCAAUAUACAAUCACAACAAUCAUUCCAGAUGUAAUGUUUUGAUACAUGACCGUGUCGUUUAGUGUGAGAAGUUCAUUAUACACAUUCCUUAUAUAUCUGCUUGGUCCUAGUGUUUGCUCCACUGCUUAUCCUCUGUGAUAUUAGUGUCAGAUGUUUCAGGAUAAAGUAGCCAUAUGUCUCUGGUUGAAUAUGAUUCCUGUUUAGUAUAAGGAACGUAUAUUUGCUGUAUUCAUUUCAUUCUUUUGUGAAAGUCUUGCAUGGCAAAAUGGAAAGCUUGGAAUAAUGUCUUAUACCAAAUUAUUCCACACAAUAUUGCACGAAAGGGUGAUAUUAAACAAGGAACUGUCUACUCAUUGUUUGAAAUUAAGGAGCCCCACAGUAAUUGAACCUAGGGACCUACUAAAUCUUUACCUUUUGGUCAUGACAAGGACUUCUUGACUCUCAAGCUUAAUUUCGUAUCUACUGAUGCAUCGUUUUUAGUGCAAGGAAAAUUGCUUCAAAGCAAAUCUCGGAAAUCAUCAAAAUCAGUCAUUUAGAAAAUAGAUAGAGAUUGCAUAAUUUCUAAAACAUUGUUUAUUGUAUUAUUGUAUUAUGAAGUAUGAAGUAUGGGACUUACACAUUGAUCAAUACUCAAAAUACCGAGGUAUUUGUAAAACAAGUCAGUGGCAGACGAAACUCUAUGUGAUUUCAUCUACAUAUGGUUGUAGUGGUGCACUAGGACCUCUUUUAAAAGACUAAAACAGACACAGUGUGUGCUGAACUUGGUGGGCCUCUGGUAGGAUUUGUACGAGUAAGAGCUUCCAAUGAAGUGGAAUGUUUUAUACUACAAAUGAUACUGUUAUUAAUUAAUCUUGAAUUAAAUCAGGUGCUCAGUUUGCAAGCAUCCAAUCUCUACUCAGUGAAUUUGCUGAACAUGUGGUAUUUAACAUAUGGAAAUAGCAUACAGUUCAAUGGGCGUGUCCUGAACUCUUCUGUACUGAUAGUUGAAUGUAAUGUUGGUUUGAGGGUUUUAAGUUUCAUUGAUUAUGAAUAUGAGCUUUUGGGAUAGAGAGAGCAUAGGACUAGUGGCAGGUAUCACAAACUGAUUGCCUGGUGCAUCCAGAAAAGAGAGAGAGUUGUAGGCACACUUUAACAGAGACAUUAGUACAUGGCGAAAUGUCACCUUUUUUAGUUUUAUGCGAAGUUUUUGCACUCAUUCAACUCUCACACAAGGUUCAAGAAAUCUUUAAUCUAAAUAUUGACCUCUCUACAGUCUUUGUCACAUAUAUCGUCUAUCAAUAAUCAGCUAAUACACGUUUCAGCUUGUGGUGAGAAGGAACAAUUACUUUGUUUGGAUGAUAGAUAAAAUGCUAAUAAUAUAAACCAUGCUGUGAGACAUGCCAAUAAUGAUUACUGUUGUUAUUUAUUAAAUUACUCAUUUUAUCUCAGAUAUUUGUAAUUGCCUCAAUUUGGGGUUGGCAUGGUUACUAGUUUUUAACCAAUUUAUGUUUUAUCACAGAGGGCUUGGCUGUGAGUUAGUGAUAACAUGUUGAGGUUGUGCAUUUUCUUGUCAGUAUUAUUGCUGUUACCAAAUCAAACUGAAUAGUUAUAGAGCUCAAGGUCACAAUUAGCUGCUCGUCCGCCAUACUGAGUGUUUUCAUUUUUCCAUUAUUGAAGGCUGCAACAUAAUAAAUGGUUCUCAGGCAUUGACUCCUUAGAUUUUGGCACCAGGUUACUUCUUUUUAUUAUCAAGUGUGAAAUAGUUUGCUCCUGGAUAAGACUUUCUUUUCCAGGUCCGGACCAAUUUACUGUCUGGCUUUACAAUGGGUCAUGAACAUUGUGGCCAUGGACCCUAAAUAUAGAUAUUUAACGGACUCUCCAUCCAAAAGAGCGAGUAAGGGGAGUAACCAUUGCAAACUACCGUGCGGUAUAGACUGGUGGUCCCCUGCCUCUGUUGCCCACGCUACACGAGCAUGAGGGCAGGUGACCUGUCCAGCGCACAGCAGAGAUCAUGAGUGGUGGGCACAGCAGCCUCGAGUCCAUCUUAGUGUCCAACUCCAAGGUGUUGCAAGGGGUUAUGUUGCAUUGUUGUUCCAGGAUAGUUUUCACCUAAAUAAUGAAUCAAACAGCAUUUGUAUUUAUUAAUCUUUUUGUAACUCCUGAAAAAUUGAUGGAGGGCCUAUCUAUAAAACCCGAAAAUAAUUUGGUAUAGCUCAGCUUUCAUGAACAGUGUUGAUACUAGUGAGUACUGGCAGAGAACCAUGCAUCAUGUUUUGGCCAAUAAUGGUCAAUAUGUAAUCAUUUCAAAUUUAUCUUUUGACGCAUACCUGCACUCUCAAUAUAGGUCUGUUGUAAUUGUUGUUUAACAACGAAGUGUGUAUUCUUGUGAUGUUACCAUGGUUACAUUGUAGUACAGUGCUCGUUGCCAUGGGUUAGUACAUUUCUCAUUACUGCUGUGUAGUAAAGUGCUCAUUCACAAACUUUUGUACCCUGUUAAUGUCAUAGAUAUUGCUGUGAUCUAUCUGCGUGUCUUUAUACAACGAAACCAGCUUCAUGUAAAGAACCAAGAUUUUUGUUCAAAUUGUUGUGAAAAGCUUCCUGCCAAGUGUUAGUCAAUUUGUUAGAAUCACACACAAUUCAUCAAGGACCACUUUCCAAAGUUCCUUAAACCUCACAGAAAUCAUGUAUCUCAAAUCUUUGUUAACUAUUUGUACAUAUUUGAUAGAUAUUUGCAUUGAGUUUUAGAAUGGCUCAAUAUGAAGAUCAAGGGUGAAUUCAUACACCGAAACUUUCAUGCACUGCGAUACAUGAUACAUACAGACUUGUAUCGUGGUACAUGACAAUAGAAAAUGAUGUGUUGUUUACUUAUGAAAAAGUAAUCCUGUUUAAAUAGGUAUAAAUGAUAGCUUGAGAGGCCACCCACAUCCUACAGAUCAGCUGUUUGAGAUAAUUUUGCUUCCCCGUUACUUUUUGUGAUGAACAGUGAACACAGAAGGAACAGUCUUUCGCCAUUUUUCACUCAUCUGCAAUACAGGAGUACGCCUAUUCAUGUCCUUCGUGUUGAUAUUCUGGCUUAUUCAGAUGUGUAUCAUAUUGAUUGUAUUCAAAUAAAAGUGAAAACAAUUUGAAUUACUUGAGUGUAGAAAUUAUUUUUUUUACAAAAGUGUUUGUGAUAAUUUUAGUGAUGUUUACUUAAUACCCAAAGCAUGUCUAUAUAUCCAGCAUAGUGCCAUGUGCUAGAAAGGUGUGUCAGAGAAAAAGAGCAAUAAAUAGUUAGGAUUUUCUCAAUACAGAUAUGAAGCAGCCUGUUAUUCAUGAUAUAUGUAGUAUGUAAUACAAGAUUGAUGUAUGUCGCUUACAGUUCCAAAUUCAAUUUAGCGCAGUUAAAUCUACAGGUAUCCUAGCUAUAAAUUUGAAAACACAGUAUGUUUAUCUCCUAAUUCACUCACUCACUCACUGUUAGUACAUGUUACCUAAAACAAUAUCCAUUUGUUCCGGUACUGUUCAAAAACCCACCAUGACCUAGUGGGGUUUUGCAGAUACAUGGUGCAUUUCAUUAAGGCACUGCAGGUUGUAGAGAAGUAGGAUGAAUAGUACUCAUUUUAUAAGUGUCAAGUUAUGAUCAGGAACCUUUUUGGCGCAUGGGAUAUGCAUAAUUUAGGAAAUGAGGACAAUGUUUACAAAUCAUUUUCAAAGUUAUCAGUGUUAUGUUAUGUGUUCCUAUGAAUCAGAAUUAGACUUUUUUCAUUUCAACACUUGUGCAUAUCACCAUGUCCAAUAUUUGCAAGUGAAUGUAAAAAGACUUUUCAACGACUUCACCAUUUUCCAUUUCCAGGGGGCCAGAGAGGGCCCUUAUUGCACCUCGUCCUUUGACUUGGAGCAUAAUACCAUGAUCAUAUUGUGGGUUUCUAGUCAAACUUAGCAGUCACAGUGUUGUUUCAGAAAAAAGCACAACUUUGUCUAGUGACCACCAUGUAUUUAAUCUAUUGUUGAUGAUCUCAUAGAACACUAACGUGGACAUUUUGCCAGAUUUCUUGUGUGCACAAGCAACUUAUUUUUCUUCUUGAAAACUUCUUCCACUACACACUGGAAUUUGUUUUUGUUACUGUGUGGAGAUUUAGAUGUAUAUACAUUUUACAAGUUUAUUCCAUUGUUUUUAUACAUAUUGAAGUUGCACUCAUAUUUGUGAUGUCUUCAAAUUUGGUUUGUCUACACUUUUUUGUAUAUGUAAGAUUGUUUUCAGUCGUGUUGAUUUUUUGUUUUGGCUUUUUUAGUUGAAUGUACUUAUAUUUUACAUUGUUAAUAAAGUUUUGAAAUGAUUCACGUUCUAGACACAUGAUCAAAAUUUAUUUAUCAAGUUAAUAAAAGUAUGUCACAAUA